UCGCCGACUUCUUUUUCUGUUGUGCUCGUCUCCUCUUGCCGCCAUGCCACACCGUCCCGCUCCUGCCCCGCUGUGGCCUGGCAGCUUCCGCUCGUCGUCACGCCGCUGAAAGAAAGGGAGGAGGAAGCAGUGAGGAAGUUACCCGUCCGCCGCCUCAUGCCGCGGCCCUGUCUCGCCGCCAGCCUGGGGAGCUGCAUGGACGGGCAUGGGGAGAGCUGCGCCUUGUCGUGCCGCUGGGGCUGAGCCACCGCGUUGCAGGCCGCGCCGACCGUCGCUUGCCGCCUUCGGCUUUGUCGCCAUCCUGAGGCUGCUGCUGGGCUCAGGUGACUGCCAGCUGCAAACACCUUGUCGAAUUCAAAAGUGCACCGCCGAUUUUGUGUCCUUAACUUCGCAUCUGAAUUCGGCUCUUGCAGGCUUUGAUGUGGAGUUCUGCAAGGCCUUGCGAGCGUACUCUGCCUGUACCUACCGUAAUUCCAAAGUAUGCCGUGGAAACUUAGUCUACCAUUCAGCAGUGCUUGGGAUCAGUGACCUCAUGAGCCAGAGAAACUGCUCCAAAGAUGGACCCACAUCCUCCACCAACUCUGAAGAGGCCCAUGAUCCCUGCAGUUACAGUGGCCACAAAGAAGGCAGAGAACAUCAGGGAGGAGAGAAUACUCCUCCUACUACUUACCUGUUUUGUGGCUUGUUUGGUGAUCCUCAUCUGAGGACUUUUAAGGAUCACUUCCAGACCUGCAAAGUGGAAGGUGCUUGGCCUCUUGUAGACAAUGACUACUUAUCAGUCCAAGUGACCAAUGUGCCUGUGGUCCCAGGAUCCAGCGCUACUGCUACAAAUAAGAUAACUGUUAUCUUUAAAUCAUACCAAGACUGUACAGAUCAGAAAGUAUAUCAAGCAGUGACUGACAACUUGCCUGCAGCUUUUGUUGAUGGUACAACAAGUGGAGGUGAUGGAAACACCAAAAGCUUGCAGAUUGUGGAGAAGAUCAGUGGCAAAUACAUUGAAAUGGAUGCCAGGUACAUUGGGACUACAGUGUAUAUACGCCAGCUUGGGCACUACUUGACCUUGGCCAUUCGCAUGCCUCAAGAGUUGGUCAUGGACUAUGAGGAGAGCCAGGAUCUGCAGCUGUGUGUGAAUGGUUGUCCUUCAAGUGAACGUAUUGAUGGUAGUGGCCACUUAAUGUUGCCUGUUAGGGAGCAGUUGCUCCCUCACAGUGGUACUUCUCAUCCCUGGUCAGUGUACACACUGGAAACUGCCACCACUAAAUGCCAUGAGAAGAUGCUGGUGAAGGACAUCUAUUUUUACUCAUGCAUAUUUGAUCUGCUCACCACUGGUGACACUAAUUUCACAGCUGCAGCUCACAGUGCCUUGCAGGAUGUGGAGGCACUGCACCCCAGAAAAGAGCACUGGCAUAUCUUUCCCAGCAGUGGAGCUGGUAACAUGGACAAAGGUAGCAAAUUCUUUGUGGGUCUUGGACUUGUGUGCUUUAUCCUAGUGGUGUUUUCAUAGAGGUUUUUUUUUUCCUCUAACAAAGUUUUGAAAUAUAUAAUGUCAUAAUAUAUGGAGUGAUGAUGGGUAUAUAUAUACACACACAAUAUACAUAUGUAUAUACAUAUAGGAAGGGAUGGCUUGUCUUUGGACAUGCACCAGAUUGUACAUCUUGUAUUAACUGUUUUCAUUAAUGUUUUGUGUAAUGGUUUUAUUUAUUUGUUUUCCAUUUGGUGAAAUUUUUUAUAAUGUCCCUGCAUUGGGGCCUGAUAAAAGCACUUUAUUUUUUAUAUAUUAAAUAUUUAUGUGUGUAUCUGACUAUUACGUAUUAUAAACAUCUGCAUACCAUCUUUAGUGCUCUUUCUAAGUAAUACUUAACACAUGUUUUUAAACUUAAUUACUUUGUGGUGUUUUUAUGUAAUUUCUUUUACUCUAGAGACAAUAUGUUUCUAGUCCUGUGAUGACUUUGGUGAUUUUUCUGGGUUCAUUAAUUAAAGUAAUUACUCACUGGAUUGUAUUCUGUCCAUCAAACAAAUGGCCUUUGCUUCUUUGGACCAAAAGAGUGAAUUGCUUCCUGUUAGCUCAGAUGGCCAGCUUGGA